CAUUGUGGGUAAUCGAAUGGCGUUUUAGCGUGAUUUGCUUACUCGUUGUUCUCCCUUUUAAAUAAAAUAAUGCCGCGAACUAAAAAAGUUUCUAAAAAAAUAAUGGACGAAGAGGAGAAUAUGUCAGAUAGUGAUUUUGGAGAGGAUGAGGACCCCGACAAAAUCGAAGUGCCCGGAGGGGGUAAAGAUUUGGCUACAGCAGCUGCUAUUAUGGAGACGAGAGAACAAAAAUUCAAACAAGAAGAUGUGAAACCCGAAAUGAAAAUGGGACAUUUGCCGAUGGGAUAUAAUCCAAAAAUGGGGGCAAAUAUGCACCCCAGUACUUACGAUAUGAUGAGGAAUCCACCAAUGGGUUCCCCAUACGGCAUGGGCAGCGUGGCCGCCAUGGCGAACAUGCUCAGUACUCUUGGGGGACCCAUGAAUAUGGGCUCCAUGUUCCCGCCGCAACCGGCAGGCGGAGCAGGUUUCAACGCUGCACAAUUUCUGCAGCAGAUGGAGAUGGCCGCCUUCGGCAUGAACAACCCCUACACCAACCCUUUCCUGCAAAACCUUUCCGCCAUGUUGUAUAACUCGCAAGGCCCCCUACCGCCUUGGGGCGGCCAGCUCAGCAACAAAGCCGUGCAGUCUCUGUGGAUGCACCAGAUGGACAACAAACCAAUGCACCACCAUCAAGAAGAAGAAGAAGUGGACGACGAGGAGUUGGGCGUGGCGGAAACGUAUGCCGAUUACAUGCCGUCGAAACUGAAACUGGGCAAGAAACAUCCCGAUCCCGUUGUAGAAACUGCAUCGUUGUCGUCGGUCGCACCUGCCGAUGUUUGGUAUAAGCUUUCUAUACCCGAUGAGUCCAUACGGGGCGGGCAUCUGUCGGCGUUGCAACUGGAGAGUAUAACGUACGCUUCGCAGGCUCACGAACACAUUCUGCCCGAUGGGUCUAGAGCGGGAUUUUUGAUAGGUGAUGGGGCAGGUGUCGGAAAGGGCCGCACCAUAGCGGGCAUCAUUUUCGAAAACUACCUUAAGGGCCGCAAGAGGGCGAUCUGGGUGUCGGUGUCCAACGACCUCAAGUACGACGCCGAACGUGACCUCAAAGACAUCGGCGCCGGGAGGAUAGAGGUGCAUGCUCUCAACAAAUUGAAAUACGCUAAGAUAUCGUCGGCCGUCAACAAUAACGUCAAAAAGGGCGUCAUCUUCAGCACGUAUUCUGCGCUUAUAGGAGAGAGUAAUUCAGCCGGCGGCAAGUACAAGUCGAGGCUGAAACAGCUCUUGCAGUGGUGCGGACAGGAUUUCGACGGAUUAAUUGUCUUUGACGAAUGUCACAGGGCGAAGAAUUUGUGCCCGGUCGGUUCAUCGAAACCGACAAAAACCGGUCUUACGGUGUUGGAAAUACAAAAUAAACUCCCGAAGGCAAGGGUGGUGUACGCCUCAGCUACUGGCGCUUCGGAACCCAGAAACAUGGCCUACAUGGUGAGAUUGGGGUUGUGGGGAGAAGGCACGCCUUUCCGAGAAUUUGCCGAUUUUAUUUCGGCAGUGGAAAAGAGAGGCGUUGGUGCUAUGGAAAUCGUUGCGAUGGACAUGAAACUGAGGGGAAUGUAUAUAGCAAGGCAAUUAAGUUUCCACGGCGUAGCGUUUAAAAUCGAAGAAGUUCCACUGUCUAAGGAUUUCGAAAAAGUGUACGACGCCAGCGUUAAGUUAUGGGUGGAGGCCAUGCAGAAGUUUCACGAAGCAGCUGAGCUGGUCGAUGCAGAGAAUCGCAUGCGAAAAACCAUGUGGGGACAGUUCUGGUCGUCCCAUCAGAGGUUUUUCAAAUAUUUGUGUAUAGCCGCGAAGGUGCCGCACGCAGUAGCAGUCGCACACGAGGCUAUAAAGAUGGGGAAAUGUGUCGUUAUCGGUCUGCAGAGUACAGGAGAGGCCAGGACUCUCGAGCAGCUGGAGCGGGAUGACGGAGAGCUGACAGAUUUUGUGUCUACUGCUAAAGGCGUUUUUCAAACGUUGGUGGAGAAACAUUUUCCGGCACCCGAUCGUAACAGGAUACAGAGGUUGCUGGGCAUAGAAAAUCCUUCGAAUUCAAAAAAAGUCAGUAACGGCAACGACGAAGGCAACACUUCCUCAGGAAAACGAAAACCAAUGCGACAGGCAGCUGUGAGGGCCGUAAAGAGAAACAAAUGGUCCACGUCCGACAGCGAAAAUGACUCGAUUAAAAGUGACGGUUCCAAUUACGAGAUGUCCGACAUCGAGAGUGAGAUUUCCGAUGAACAUUCCGACUCGAACGCGAGCAGCGACUUCAAUCCCUUCAAUUCGGGCAGCGAUUCCGACGACGAUCCUUGGAGUCGGAAGAAGAAGGGCAAGAAACAGAAGAAAUCACCAAAGAAAAGGACUUCGACUCAGGACAAGCUGUCGUUGUUAUUUAGCCAAAAAACCAGCAAAGCAAAAUCGAAUGGUGCUGGCGCGAAUUACAAACCGACUGCUCCCCCAAUGGACGCCAUCGAACGUGCUUGUAGCAUGAAGGAAGAGCUGCUAGCAGCCAUAGAAAGGUUAGGAGAAAGGCUGCCUCCGAAUACCCUGGAUCAGCUGAUAGACGAAUUGGGUGGCCCUGAAAACGUAGCAGAAAUGACAGGUAGAAAAGGACGUGUGGUACAGACCGAAGAUGGGGGGAUCCAGUACGAGAGCCGAUCGGAGACAGACGUACCCCUGGAAACCCUGAAUCUAACUGAAAAACAACGGUUUAUGGACGGAGAGAAGGACGUGGCUAUAAUUUCGGAAGCAGCCUCCAGUGGUAUAUCUCUGCAGAGCGACAGGAGGGUGAAGAACCAGAGGAGGAGGGUGCAUAUAACGCUGGAGCUUCCCUGGUCUGCUGACAGGGCUAUCCAACAGUUCGGCAGAACUCACAGGAGUAACCAGGUGAACGCUCCCGAGUAUAUAUUUCUUAUCUCUGAUCUGGCUGGAGAGAGAAGGUUCGCCUCCAUCGUGGCCAAAAGGCUGGAGAGUUUGGGGGCCCUAACCCACGGCGAUCGUAGAGCUACGGAGACCCGCGAUCUCAGUCAAUUCAACAUUGACAACAAGUAUGGGCGUUCGGCGUUGGAGGCCACCAUGAAGGCCAUCAUGGGUUACGAGCAGCCCGUGGUACCGCCGCCGCGGGACUACAAGGGCGACUUCUUCAAGGACGUGGCGGCGGCGCUCGUGGGCGUCGGCCUGAUUGUAAAUAGCGAGAGCAUGCCGGGAAUCCUGUCCCUCGACAAGGAUUACAAUAAUAUGUCAAAGUUCCUAAAUCGUAUCCUAGGGAUGCCUGUUGAAUUGCAAAAUAGAUUGUUUAGAUAUUUUACUGAUACCUUAGGUGCUAUUGUCACGUCGGCGAAGAGGUCUGGAAGAUUUGAUUUAGGUAUUCUGGACCUGGGGGCUGGUGGCGAGGUGGUGAACCAAGUCCGCACGAUGACGUUCCUAAGAAAACACGCGACUGGUACGGCACCUACCGAACUACACACUGUCCACGUCGAAAGGGGCAUGUCCUGGCCGGAGGCCCUGGAGAAGCUCUCCGAACUGGUGGGGGAAAACGAGGGCUUUUGGUUGUCGCACCAGGUGCGAAAUGCAAAACACACUGCAAUUCUUGCCGUGGCCGUUGAAGCCGGCAACAACAAGACCAAGAAGGAGAGCAAGAAGGAACAGAUGUUCUCUGUUUAUCGCCCGAAUACCGGACUACAAUUUAGGCAGGAGAGUUUGGCCGAAUUGGAGAAAAAGUACAAAAAGGUGGAGUCUGCCGAUGCGGAGGAGGCGUGGAUUCAACAGUACGACGCGUCUGUAAACACUUGUUCUCACGCCUACUGGCGAGGCAAUUGUCGAAACGUCUCCAUCGGACAUGACUGUGAGGUUGGUUUGAGAAGACGUACGUAUAACGUCGUAUCGGGGUCGGUUCUCUCUGUAUGGAGUAGAGUAGAAGGCGUACUUGCCAGUAAAAAUGGUUCGCAGAAUAAUAAAAUGCAAGUUAUUAGGUUAAGGACUAAAGAGGACUUAAAAAUAGUUGGCACGCUUAUUCCCAAAAAUUGUGUGGAUGCCCUCGUUGAGGCUCUGUCUUCUGAUUCGGAGAAAACGGAAGAGAAGACCUUUUAGGCACCAUCGACUGGGCAGUUCAAGAAGCGCGGGUUCCGACCUUAAGAAAUUCCAAUGAGUUGUCUAUUAAUUUAUUUGUUUUUAUAACCGGUACGAUAUUUUUUAUUAUAAAUUGGCAAUUUUUUACGUCGGAACCUGGAACGAGAAACAAUACAGGGCAAAAAUAGUAUUUUACAGCACGGCACUAAAGCUAGUGGAAUUUAAUCCAGUGACUUUCAAUUGUGCUGCAUCGACUAAAAUCUGUAGCGUAGGAAGAGGAAAUUCCAAGUAUUUUCUAAAAUGAACGUGUCCGACACGUUCAUUUAUUUAAAUGAAGAAAUCUGUGAAAUAGUUAUAUUUAGGUAUAAUGUAAUAUUUAUAUGACAAAUAGGUUUUUAUUGUUUUAAGUGUAUCAUUUUUUUUUUUUUUUGUAUAAUUCUUUGUUAAUGUAAAAAACUCUGAGAGGAAAGACUUUGUCUUUUUUUUAUCACAUUAUUUUAAAAGAAAAAUGUAUAUUAUUAAUGUGUUCACCGUCUAAAUAUAUAUAGUCUCGGAUGU